CGCCUGCUGUGCUCGCAGGUAGGUGAGGGGCUUUCUGUGACGCCGCCCGCCCCCGCCGGACUCCUGGGUUCGCUCUGGCGCGAGGGGAGCUGCGCAGAUUGAAUGUUGGGGAAGAAUGAAGAGCGAUGCACAGAAGAUCGCUAAAGUUUAGCGUUUUGGACUGCACUGAACGAAACCAUGCUUGAAAUAUGCACUGCAGUCAAAAGACAUUAAUCGUUUUGCUGAGCCCUUUGAAGCGGACAAGCAUGCUUACAUACACAAAUGUAGCCCUGAAGUUAAAAUGUGAAGUUAUUCUAGAGAAUUAAACUCUCAACAAAACUAGUUCCAGUGGAUGGCCUAAACCAUGUCCCUGUCUCGUGUUGAAAAUCCUUGUUUUUUGCUCUUCCUAGCUGUCUUUCAAGCAAUAUUUAUCCUGAUUUUGUACCGAGGUGGAGCAUCGAGUGUAUUUCGAGGAUUUUUAGAUGCACCUCAGCCCUUGGAUUACUCAAAAACACAGGAUGUGUAUAUAAACCUCAGCUUGUUCACCCGAGCUCCUAAUGAGGAAACUAUGCCAUAUUGCACAGCCCAGUCACCGAUAUUUGUUGGUCCAUUAACCAUCACCUUUAAUGCAUUCCCCAGUGAAAGAAUGAUAAUAAAAAAAAAUCCCUUUGUUCGGUUUGGAGGCCGCUACAGCCCUCCUCACUGCCUGGCUCGCUACAAAUCAGCCAUCAUUGUACCACACAAGAACCAGGAGAAGCAUCUGCGACACCUUCUCUAUUAUCUUCAUCCCUUCCUGCAGCGCCAACAGCUUCACUACGGCAUCUACUUGAUUCACCAGGCUGGGAAUGCUACUUUUAACCGAGCCAAGCUCCUUAAUGUUGGUGUCCGGGAAGCCAUGAAGGAUGAGGACUGGGACUGUCUGCUCCUGCAUGACGUGGACCUCAUUCCUGAAAAUGAUUAUAACCUCUACGUCUGUGAUGAAUACUACCCCAAACACAUUGCCAGUGCCAUAGACAAAUUCCAGUACAGUUUGCCAUAUUGGUCCUUUUUUGGAGGUGUCUCUGCUUUGACUCCAGAGCAUUACAUGAAGAUAAAUGGGUUUCCAAACACCUACUGGGGCAGUCGUGGUGAAGACGAUGACAUUGCUGCAAGGAUUCAGUUAGCAGGAAUGAAAAUAGUCAGGACCCCUAUUCAUCUUGGACGUUACAAAAUGAUGGAUCUUGAGCAACACAAAGGGAGUGAAGAGUACCCAAUAAGGUAUUCUCCUCCCUUCAGGCCUGCUCCACUGCAUAACACCAGAAAAACAUGGAAGGAUGAUGGAAUGAAUUCUGUAGAGUUCAAACUCCUUUCAAGAAAGAAGCACCUUCUUUAUACCAACAUCACUGUGGACAUUGGGAAUGCUCCCACGCUGCCUCCAGAGAAUAAAAACAAAAAGAGAGCUUGAGUAUUAGUGCAGCACCUGGAAAUUGUGCAACACAGGAGGUGCUAGCCUAUAGUUAAUCAGGAAUAAAAGGUCUACAAAGAUUGAAGAAUGAUUUCCUGCUGUGGGCUUCACCUUUCCUCCAAACAUGCAAGGGUUAGAAGAAAAGUCUUCAGGAAUGAGGCAUGACAGCCACUAGACUGGAUUCAGUUUAUUGGAGAGAAUCCCUUUUAAGCGCUGUAAAAUGUGAUGCUUACUGAGCCCUAUCUCUCUCACACACACACGCCUUGCGGAGUACAUCUUUAUUCAUCACCAGAUAAAUCCACUCUAAGCUGUGUACUCUUAAAUCAGCGUCACCCAUUAGCAGGCUAGUUAGUUGAAUGCCAGCUAUUUAACUGCUGCAUAUCCUACUGCUUUACUAUUUUUGAAUGGUAAUUGGGAUUAAAGCCACUCUGAGGACAUGUUCUAUGUUUUGUUUGAAAGAAACCUCAGUCCCAUAUUGCUGGUAAAGAGAUUCUCUAGUUGCAGUCUGUCUUGAAAUGUUUUGUUUUUCCCUUCUUAGUGUUAAAUAUUUCCCUUUCCAUCUGUUACAUAUUUUGUAAAUAUUCUCCAGGAAGUUUAAAUAUAAGAUUUUGAAAGUUAAUAGCCA